AUGAGGAACAUGCACCCCACGGACUGUCACGAAGACUAUGAGCCCCUUCUCGAAGAGGCUCGCAGAGAGAUCCUUACCAACGCUUAUGUUCUCUACGGCGGCAACGUUGCAAUCUUCCUGUGCGGCGAACGUAACCAAGAGGGACAGCAGAAGUUCCAGGAGGACAGGAAAAGGCUAAAGGACCAGCUGGAGAAAACCGACCCGACGGACGUGGUAACCGAGAUGGCCUUGAUGCAGGAGAUGGACCAUAGGGCCCAUAUAGAGCAAGCCGCCCGUAGAUACCCGGGUUUGAAGUCCUACGCCGUUCUCGCUCGCCGUAAAGUGUUCCGUGAUGGGCGGCCCUGCCAGCUUGAAGUCCUCCUGGAAGGUCCGCGUGUUGACGGUGGGCCGUAUGAGGCGAUGCAGCACCUGUUCGGAGAAACCAUGGUCUUGAUGGGUGAGAAGGUGCAGGAUUGUCGUGGUGCUGGCGGUGAUGCUACAGUCUCCGAGCCUAAGUCUUGA